CUAACUUCAAGUUUCUUCCCUUUUGUUUACAAUCGAAAUAAUUAUUAAAUAACUAUGAUAGAGUAAAACUCUAUUGAUUUCAUUGUGUUAUCUGUUUGUUUGUAUUGUUUAUAUAAUUGUGCAUACUGUACAUAAUUUGCAAAAUGGAUAGCGACGACCCAACACAGCCACUUCUUGGUGUUAGAGAAGAAAGCCGGUUCCACCGCACGACCUCUAAACUAUGUGGUCUUCAGUCGUGGAAGCGGCGUCUACCGAUCACCAUCUGGCUGCCGGAGUAUUGCUUUGAGUAUCUCAUCAGGGAUCUUAUCGCUGGUAUCACAGUUGGUCUCACAUCCAUACCUCAGGGAAUCGCAUACGCCAUGGUGGCUGGUUUACCACCGCAGGUAGGCCUGUACUCCAGUAUAUUCCCCGGGCUAGUGUACGCUAUAUUUGGCAGUUGUAAGGAUGUCACAGUGGGCCCCACAGCUAUAUUGGCUGCUUUGCUCGCUCGAUACGUGGCCAAGUCUGAAGAUUUCGCGUAUUUAGCCAGUUUCCUGACGGGGUUGGUUAUAUUCUUGCUCGGUGUUUUGCAAUUGGGUUUUCUACUAGAUUUCAUAUCGAAACCGGUUAUAAGCGGUUUCACUACGGCUGCGGCUCUACAGAUAUCAGCUGCACAGUUGAAAUCUCUUUUCAGGGUCGCUGGAUCGUCUGGCAACACCUUUAUAAGCGCUAUCAUCAAUUUCUUUAACAAUAUAAGUACAGUGCAGCUGUGGGACACCGUUCUGGGGGUCGCAACUAUUUUGUCUCUAUUUUUGAUUAAGCGUUCAACAAUAUCCGCUCCCGAGGGUUCAUCGAAGUGUCGCAGUUUCACUUCCGGGGCGUGGUUGUACGUAGUGCGGGCGCGGAACGCUCUCGUUGUGUUCGUGGGUUCGAUUCUCGCUUAUGCACUGUACUUGUAUGGCAUCACACCGUUCAAAUUGACGGGUACAAUCCACGGAGGUCUUCCGCGUUUCGGGCUCCCACCGUUCAGUACAACAGUGAACAACGUUACGUUAGGUUUUGAUGGAAUGCUUGCGGAGCUGGGGCCCGAGGGCCUCGCGAUGCCCCUAGUUGCUAUAUUGGAGAGCAUCGCCAUUGCUAAGGCUUUCGCCGGCAGCCGCGCGGUGGACGCCACGCAGGAGAUGGUGGCGCUGGGCGCGUGCAACGCGCUGGCGUCGCUCGCGCAGAGCAUGCCCGCGACGGGCUCGUUCACGCGCACCGCGCUCAACCACGCCAGCGGGGUGAUCACGCCCGCCGGCAGCUGCUUUAAGGCGUGUUUAGUGUUGCUGUCGGUAACACUUUUGGCGGAGGCGUUUUAUUUUAUCCCGCGGGCAACACUGGCUGGUAUCAUCAUGGUAGCCAUGAUCUCUAUCAUAGAACUGUCUAUUGUUAAGCGCCUUUGGCAGAAUAGCAAAGCGGAGCUCUGCGUGUGGGUGCUAACUGUGGUGUUGGGUGCCUGUGUGGGGCUGGAGUACGGUAUUGCGGGCGGCGUAGCAGCUGAUGCAGUGCGGGCGCUGUUCAGCGCCGCGAGACCGCAUCUUCAAACCGACCGUGUUAAGCUAGGUAACCAGGAUUGCAUAAUCAUAACACUGACGGGCACACUCUCGUACGCGUCAGCGGAGCACGUGGCGCACUCGGUGCGGUCGCUGGUUCAAAUCCGGAGCUUGGUGUUUGUGUUCGAUGGCAGACAACUGAGGUCCUGCGAUUUUGGCGUUGCUGAGAACCUCACUACUGUGAUAUUAGAUUUAGAGAAGAACAAGCACAGUGUGCUAUUAUGGAACUUCGACGUGAGCAUCCGGAAACUGUUCGAAGAUAUAUCUCAAGAUAUGUCUCGGAAGUUCGUAAGUGGUCCCAGUAUAGAAGAUAUAGUAUUAGGUUUACAGUCAGUAAGACCCGACAGUAGUAUAAGUAUACCAGCGUGAUAGUGCAUGUGGAAAUAAUUAAAAACGUGUUCAAACAGGGUCUAGUUGUUCCAAAUAAUGUAGAUAUAUAAUGUGAUAUUAAUUAUAUGUAUUCAAUUAUUUAUUAACAUAAAUAAUGUAUA